AAUCUACCAGAAGCAGUGCCAGAGUCAUUUGAGCGGCUUCGAAAUCAAAACUUUUUAAAACUUUGUGAUACUGUUUUUUUUUUUUUAAAUAUAUGACUCGCCUUAUUCCAAAAGACAGAUGCAGUAAAUUUGGAAAAUGGCCGGUGCCUUAUUAAAGUGCUUAGUCUUGGCGCUCUCAGUAUGCGCACACAGACUUUUGGCAGACCCCCGCGUUGAGACGGGUGAUGAAUCCGAUGACAGCGCCUCGACCCUGGCCUUUGUGUUCGAUGUUACCGGCUCCAUGUACGACGAUCUGAAACAGGUGAUAGAGGGCGCCUCACGGAUCCUGGAGAAGACGCUCAGCCGGAGGACCAGACCCAUUAAAAACUUUGUCCUGGUCCCCUUCCACGACCCAGAUAUCGGCCCCGUGUCCAUCACCACCGACCCAAAGAAGUUCCAGCGGGAUCUGCAAGAGCUGUUUGUCCAGGGUGGAGGCGACUGCCCUGAAAUGAGUAUCGGAGCCAUAAAGAAAGCACUGGAGGUUUCCCUGCCUGGAUCCUUUAUCUAUGUGUUUACUGAUGCCAGGGCCAAAGACUACCGUCUGAAGAGAGAUGUUCUGCAACUGGUGCAACUCCGUCAGUCACAGGUAGUAUUUGUGUUGACCGGGGACUGUGGAGACCGCUCUCAGCCUGGUUACAGGGCGUACGAGGAGAUCGCCGCUACCUCCUCUGGGCAAAUCUUUCACUUGGAUAAGCAGCAGGUCAACGAGGUUUUAAAGUGGGUAGAGGAAACAGUUCAGGCCAUGAAGGUCCACCUUCUGUCCUCCAAUCAUGACAGUGCCCAGGAAAACAACUGGGAAGUUCCCUUUGACCCGAGCCUCAGAGAGGUCACGGUGUCACUCAGUGGACCAGCACCAGAAAUCGAGCUCAGCGAUCCUUUGGGUCGGGUAGUUGGUGUAGAGCAGGGCCUUAAAGAACUCUUGAAUAUUCCCAACUCAGCUCGUGUGAUAAACCUCAAGUUUCCUAGACCCGGUGCCUGGAAACUGAAGAUAAGCUGUAGUGGGCGUCACACUCUGAGGGUCACAGGAGUCAGCAGUCUCGACUUCCGCGCAGGCUUCUCCAGCGUACCUGUUACAGAGUUCAACCACACGAGAGAGAGGCCGAUAAAAGGGCUCCCAUCCCAUGUUUUACUGAAAUGCACCGGCCUGAAGCCUCCAGGUCAUCUGAGCCAUGUGGAGCUUGUGUCAGGCUCAGGCCGCUCCUUGCGAACGAUCCCUGUACCGCUGCCCUUUGACCUUGGAAAACAAGGCCUGUGGAGUCUCCCGGAAUUCCGCACCCCUUCCCAGAGCUUCUUCAUCAAGGUAACGGGCAAAGACGAAGAGGGCUACCGCUUCCAGAGGCUGUCCAGCGUCUCCUACACCAACAUCAUUCCAGAUCCUCCAGCUGUGAGCAUGCCGACUGUAGUGAAGGGCGUUUAUAUGCAGCCAGUUGUGAUUGGCUGCUCUGUAAAGAGUGACAUUCCCUACAGACUAAGAUUCACCAGAAGUGGAAUUACACUGGGAAGCGAGAGGUUCUUUCAGUAUUCUGCCGUUGCAUCAUGGGAAAUUCCGAAGGCAUCAGCCGAGGACGAAGGCCCGUAUGAGUGUAUGGCGCAGAGCAGCGCAGGGCAGGGGUGGGCUGUAGCACAAUUAACUGUGAGAGAUCCUCCUCCGGUCUUGAAGCCCCCGGUGAAUGUGACAUCUUCUGUGGGAGGCGUGGCUGUGCUGUCCUGUCAGGUGGAGGGAAACAUGCGCCACAAUUUGACCUGGCACCGAGGGGGCUAUGCUAUCCGGGCACGGGCAGGGAGGGUGAAGCUGCUGCCCAACUCUUACCUGCAGAUCAGCGAGGUGCGGGCUCAGGAUGCUGGGGAGUACCGCUGCGUGGCAACCAAUGCCUACGGAGACAGCAGAAUCGCCGUGUGGCUCCACGUCCCAGAGGCUCCUUCUGUGGUAGUGCACCCGCAGUCCCUGGCUUUCUCCCAAGGCGAUGAGAUCCGCCUGGUCUGCUCGGCGUCCGGCUCCCCCCCUCCCCGGCUCUUCUGGAGCCAAGGCAACGUGUUCCUAACUAAUCGGCCGAGGUUCAGUCUGAACCAGCAUGGAGUCCUAACCAUUAAAGGGGCCCUCCCAGAGGAUGCUGGGAACUACACAUGCCUGGCAAGCAACGAGGCUGGGACUGCCUCUCAGUCUGUGUCACUUAGUUAUGCGGAGGCACCAAGAAUAACAGUGGUACAGCAGGUUGUGCUAGUGACUGUUGGUGGUGAUGCAACUCUCGAGUGUCAGGCCACAGGCUUUCCGUCCCCUCUUGUCCACUGGUUCAAAGGUGAGCUCGAGGUGGGCUCUGCCCCUUUUGUUGAGCAGGACGUACAUCGCGGGACGCUGCACAUUCGUGGCGUGCAGGAGGUCGACGCUGGUCAGUACAGCUGUGUGGCGAGCAGCUCUGCUGGAACCUCCUCUGGCACUGUUAGUCUGGUGGUUGGAGCGGGUCCAUUGUUUUCCGAGGCACCGGCUGACGUGACAGCCAAUGUCGGGGAGAAUAUCACCCUCCCCUGCACUGCCCGGGGAUUCCCGCAGCCGACGGUGACCUGGCGCAGACAGGAUGGCAGACAGAUUCUCAUGCGUUCAGACAGCCACAGUAAAACAAUGCAGCUGGAGAACGGACAUCUUCUAAUCCAGAGUGUCUGGCUGGAUGAUGAAGGUCUAUACAUCUGCGAGGCCAAGAACCAGUUUGGAACCAUCAAAUCUGAGGCCAGAGUUAGUGUCACUGGACUGGAGCCACCUCUAUUGGCCCAAGUUGCCCCAGUGAUCACCACCGGGAGCGGUCAGUCACUUAGUAUUCCUUGCAUGUUGUUGGAUGGAAUUCCUCUUCCAGAAAGACACUGGUCCAAGAAUGGAAAACCUUUCCAUCUGAACAGAAGGAUGUUCUUGAGGAGCGAUGGCAGUUUGUACAUCGAAAGAGCCAUCCCAGAGGACACUGGGAUUUAUGUGUGCGCUGCGGUUAAUGUGGCAGGUUCCGCGAACAUCACAGUCAGCCUGGAGGUUCACGUGCCCCCAGAGAUCAGCGCUGGUCCGUACCACUACAUAGCCAACGAGGGUGUAGCCAUCAGGCUAUCAUGCGAAGCCACCGGCGUUCCCAAACCAGAUGUUGUCUGGUCCAAGGGGAGGCAGCCCCUGCCCAAGGACAGCUCCGCUCUUCAGUCUGACUCUGAGGGACACCUCCACAUCCCCAACCCCUCCGCCGAAGAUGCAGGCAUCUACAUCUGCACUGCCACCAGUCCUGUGGGCUAUGCUAGUCGCGAGAUCCAGCUGAGUGUCAAUACUGUGCCAAAGAUAAUGGGCGUGACUGGUCACGACAACACAGUAAACAUGGCUGCAGAGGUGGGGGCAGAGGUUGUUCUCCCGUGUGAGGCUGAAGGGAGUCCUUCCCCGUUAGUCACGUGGAGCCGAAACGGGCAUCCCAUCCCCCCCGUCACAGCUGGGUUCACUGUUUUGCCUUCAGGCUCUCUGAAGAUCACUGAUGUGCGCCUGAUUGAUAGUAAACUGUACACCUGCACUGCGGAAAACCCAGCAGGCAACGCGUCCCUAAGCUACAAUUUACACAUUCAAGCUAAACCCAGGAUUCUGCCAGCACCCUCCCUCCUGAAAGCCCUGCUUGGCCAAACAGUGACUCUACCAUGUAUAGCGCAGGGAGAGCCGAGCCCUGAGAUCAGCUGGUUUCGCAAUGGAUCACCUGUUGGGGACAAGAAUGUUACACCCCUGAGGAUCCAGCAGGUCAGCCACGCCGACCAGGGCGCCUACCGGUGUGUGGCCUCGAACAGUGCAGGACAGGAGACCUUGGAGAUCAAGCUGGAAAUUCUUGAGGCCCCGUCCUUUGCCGAACCUGGAGAUGUUAUCAUGGAGAAAGUGGCAAACAGCAAGGUCAUCAUCCCUUGCCCCGCUAAAGGUUCGCCUAAUCCCAAAGUACGCUGGUUCAAGAAUGGCCUGGAGAUACACCCCGAACAGCCCGACUUUUCCGUGGCGAGGGAUGGAGCUCUUGUAAUUAGCGCAGCGUCUGCCAGCCACAGUGGGGACUUCAAGUGUGUGGCAGUUAAUGAGGCAGGCUCUGUGGAGAGAAAGACCAGGCUAAAAGUGAAUGUUCCCCCUGAAAUUCAAGAUAAUGGCCAACCGCUGAACCUCACUGUCACCUUGAAGCAGCCUCUCACGCUGGGAUGUGACGCCUUUGGGAUCCCCUCUCCAACAAUCACCUGGACUAAAGAUGGCAAAGCUGUGGACAGCCCUGGGGUGUAUCUUGAGAAUGGAAAUAGGCUGCUCAGAAUCUACAGAGUUCAGCCUGAACAUGCAGGACAGUUUGUCUGCACAGCUCAAAACUCAGCUGGAGAGACCCAAAGACAAUAUAACAUAGUGGUGCAAGCACCACCUGUGAUCUCAGGAACGUCUCGAAUGCAGGAGUUAACUGUGGUACUGGGCCAGGAGGUGGAGUUUCAGUGUCGGGUUAGUGGAAAGCCAGCGCCAAGAGUGGAAUGGAGCCGCGACGGAGAGGUUCUGUCCCGCAACGGAGACCCUCAUGUGGAGUUUCUGGAAGAUGGCCAGGUGUUGAAGGUGAAGUCAGUAAGACCGAGAGACCAGGGUCUUUACCGGUGUCUGGCCAGUAACGACGCAGGAACUCAGACGCGCCAAUUUAGACUCAACGUCCAAGCCCCUCCCACUAUUAAGGGGACUACUGAGACAUCAGAGGUGUCAGUUGUGCUGGGUUUCCCUGCAAUCCUCCCCUGCAACGUCGAGGGCUUACCCACACCCAGCAUCACCUGGCUCAAGGACAAUCACCCCAUCGUAUCCACUCCUCAGCUGACAUACACCCGCGGUGGGCUGGCCCUGCGGCUGGGUUCGGCACAGGGAGACAGCAGCGGCCUCUACACUUGCAGGGCUACAAAUCCAGCUGGCACUGCCAUCAAGCACUAUUCACUCAGUGUUCUGGUCCCACCGCAGAUAGAAGGAGACUCUACCUCCCUGACGUUUGGUGGUCAGGAACAGAAAGUGCGGAUCAACGGGAGCUUAACUCUGUCCUGCCUCGCCAAAGGUUUCCCCGAGCCCAAAGUCCAGUGGUUCAAAGACGGACAGCUGCUGACUGGAAACAUCCACGCUGGCAUUAAAGAGAGCGGCCACUUCCUGCACAUAGAGAAUGCCAUGCUGUCCCACGAGGGUCAGUACACCUGUGUGGUCACCAACUCUGCAGGAGAGGACAAGAGACACUUUCGUGUAACUAUUCAAGUCCCUCCGAUUUUCCACCGGGUGAAUAACAGGGAAGCAUCCUGGGGUUUGGGACACGAAGACGACGUUAAUGAUGAGAACGUGGUGGAGAAGCGGGAAGUUGUGCUAGGCCAUCAAAUCAGCCUGUCCUGUGAGAGCAAUGCCAUUCCCCCUCCCAAGCUCAGCUGGUAUAAAGACGGCAAAAAGUUAACCUCUGCAGAUGGAGCGGUGCUUCUUCCAGGGGGACAAGUGCUACAAAUUGCCCGAGUGCAGAAGGAGGAUGCUGGAAGGUAUACGUGUCAGGCCGUUAAUGAGGCAGGGGAGGAUCGCAUGCACUUUGAUCUGGAGAUUCUAGUCCCUCCUGUUAUUACUGGAGCAUCAAAGGAGUUUAUGGAGGAGAUAGGAGCAGUGGUUAACAGCACCGUGGUUCUACACUGCGACGUGAUUGGACACCCAGCUCCAGUCGUCUCCUGGCUGCGAGAAGGGCAGCCGGUGCACACGGACUCACAGCACCACAUCAGUGAGGAUGGGACUCAGCUUCAACUUCUCAGUGUCCAGGUUUCAGACAUGGCUGGGUAUUCGUGUGUAGCGGAGAACAAGGUCGGAACAAUUGAGAAGCUCUUCAGUCUGACAGUGCAAGUCCCUCCUAGAAUAACAGGCCCUAAAGAAGAGGAGGUUAGUGUGACUGAGGGCCACAUGGUGUCUUUGCUGUGUGACGUCCAAGCAUACCCUCCUCCAGAGAUUACCUGGACCAAAGAUGGGCAAGUCCUCCAUUUCAGCACCAGCAUUCACAUUCUGCCAGGUGGCCAGAUGCUACAGUUGCUGCGGGCCAGACUAGAAGAUGCAGGGCAAUAUGUUUGCACAGCCACCAACUCAGCAGGGCAGGACCAGAAGAGUAUUCUCCUCAGUGUUUAUGUCGUGCCCACCCUGAAGCCCCGGCACGAUGCUGAGUCGGACUCGGUGACCCCUCAGGUUGGCUCCUCAGUCACCCUCCGAUGCGAAGCCCACGGCUUCCCCGUGCCUGAAGUCACGUGGUACAAGAAUGGGCUCCAGUUGGCUGCAGGGAACGGACUAAAGAUGGAUCAGUACCAGCUGGAGAUAAUAGGAGUCCAGAUGGGAGAUAGUGGCACGUACACUUGCAAAGUGUCCAAUGUGGCUGGACAGGCGGACAGAACCUUUAGGCUGAUGGUUCAUGUUCCACCUGUCCUGAACGGACCUCUUCGAGAGUCUCUAAAUUAUAGCCUGGGCUCCCACGUGGCUCUGCUGUGUGAGGCCACAGGAGUACCCAUUCCCAGCAUCUCUUGGCUUAAAGAUGGAACUCCUAUUGAAAGCAGCCUGCAGUGGCAGUGGUCUGUUCGAGGCACCAGGCUGGAGCUGGGGCCUCUCAGCCUGUCUCACGCUGGAACAUACACGUGUGUGGCCAAGAACAGCGAGGGAGAAACACGAAAAGAGUACACAGUCACCGUGCAGGUCUCCCCAACCAUCCUGGACUCUGACCUCCCAUCUGAAGUGAGUGCACCCAGAGGAGAGGAGCUGACCCUGGAGUGCAGAGCAAAUGGAAGCCCCACACCUCGCCUCAGCUGGCUGAAAGACGGAGUGACUCUGGAGGGAUCGGAUGCCCGUCACAUUGCCGUGACCUCUGAUGGCAGCACACUGACUUUGCUGCGCCUGAGUCCUGAGGAUUCUGGGACGUACACCUGCCUGGCUGUGAAUUCGGCCGGCCAGGAGAGCAAAAUCUACACCGUCUUUGCUCUAGUACCGCCAUCUAUUUCUGGUGAGACCACCAUCCCCAAAGAGGUGCAGGUCACGCAGGACAGCGCCGUGACGCUGGAGUGUCAGGCAGCAGGAAACCCCCCGCCUCAGAUCAGCUGGCUGAAGAAUGGGCAUCCGCUGCUCCUCAGUCCCCGCGCUCGCCUCCUCUCCGGUGACUCUUUGCUGAGGUCAGUUAAGAUGAUUACAGACUGUGUUGUAAAAAGAUUACAGGGGUUUUACACUCUGUGUUUAUGGUCUGCAGUGCCCCCCGGUGUGAAUCACGUCGAACCGGUGGAGCCAGUUUCAGUAAUCCAGGGAUCCUUGGUGACUUUAUCCUGUGAAGCACGUGGCGUCCCCCCUCCGACGCUAACGUGGAUGAAAGACGGACAGCCGCUGUCCCUUCACCGCAACCUGCUGCUGGAUGGACAGGAGACAAGACUGCAGCUUCCUGACGUGGCCCCCUCAGAUGCGGGCUUUUACAGCUGCGUGGCUAGUAACCAGGCUGGAAGCAGUACCAAGAGCUUCAACCUCACCGUGCUUGAGCCUCCAAAGAUAGUCAGCUCCGACUCACCAGAAGGGCUGACCAUAGCAGUUAACAGUCCACUUGAGCUUGAGUGCUCUGCUGUGGGAGUCCCACCUCCUACCCUCAGCUGGCUCAAGGAUGGUCGGCCCAUGGAGAGAUCUGAUAUCGUUCAGCAGGACGGAAACUUUAUCAGGAUUAGCAAAGUUCAGGUCGAGGAUGCAGGUCUGUACACCUGCUUGGCCAGCAGCCUAGCCGGAGAGGAUGGAAAAAACCACUGGGUCCGGGUCCAAGUACCACCGACGCUCCUUGGCUCCAGUGAUGUGAGGACAUUGACAGUGCCGGUUAACGGUCACCUCACUCUGGAGUGCCUGGCUGACAGCGACCCUCCUCCAGACAUACAGUGGUACAAGGGUGAAACCAAACUGCAGCUGGGUGGUCGUAUCCAGCAGCUGGCAGGGGGUCAGUACCUGGAGAUACAGGAAGUCAGGUCUGAGGAUAGCGGCCAGUAUAGCUGUGUGGUUACCAACAUAGCUGGAAGCAGCAGUCUCUUCUUCACUGUGGAAAUUCUCUUACCACCUGUAAUAAAGGAGAGCAGCUCAGUGGUGACUGUACAUAUUGGCCAGGAUGCAGUUUUACCCUGUGAAGUCGAAGGCGACUCCUCACCUGUGGUCAUGUGGAGGAAAGACGGCUUCCCCGUGCGUCAAGAUAACAAUAAAUACACCAUAUUAUCCGAGGGCUCGUUGCGCGUACAUGCAGCUCAGCUGAAUAACGCAGGUCGCUACUACUGCACCGUGUCCAACCAGGCUGGCUCAGAUCACCGAGGAGUGGAUCUUCGUGUGUUUGUGGGUCCCUCAAUCAGUCCGGGUCCAUUCAACGUGACAGUUACCACUGGUAUCAGAGCCCUGCUUAGCUGUGAGGCUGCAGGUAUACCUUCUCCUAAAGUAUCCUGGAAGAGGAAUGGCACUCCCCUGGAUAUCAGCCAGCAGCCUGGUGCAUACAGGUUACUGCCCUCAGGGUCUCUGGUUCUUUUGUCCCCAGCCAAUGAGGAUGAAGGUUAUUUUGAGUGCACUGCAGUCAAUGAUGUUGGAGAGGAGCGCAGAGUCAUCGAGGUCAUCCUGCAAGUCCCUCCAUCUAUUGAAGAUGAUGUCACGGCAGUUAAAGCUGUGAAAUUGUCUCCUGUCGUCUUGCCUUGUCACAUACAAGGACGCCCAAUGCCCACUGUCACCUGGACGAAGGGUGGAGCCAAACUGAGCUCCAGAGGAGGAAGCUACCGCGUCCUUCCCACUGGAGAGUUGGAGAUAACUGCUGCUUUGCCCAGUCAUACUGGCAAAUAUACAUGCUCAGCCAGAAACCCAGCUGGAGUGGCUCACAAACACAUCUCUCUCUCAGUUCAUGAGCUGCCAGAAAUCAGACCAAUGGCAGAAGAGGUGCAAGUAGUGCUGAAUCAUGGGACUGUUCUCCCCUGUGAAGUUCAGGGCUUCCCCAGACCAUCAAUCACCUGGCAAAGAGAGGGAGUUCCCAUAGCAACAGGUCACAGGCUGGCUCUGCUCCCGAACGGAGCUCUGAAGUUUUCCCGUGUGACGCUUGGUGAUGCGGGGACCUAUCAGUGCCUGGCAAAGAAUGAAGCUGGUGUAGCUGUGGGCCGGACAAAAUUAGUCCUUCAAGUUCCACCAGUGUUGAGCGUGCCUCAUGUCGAGUACAUGGCUGUGCUAGGCCAGCCAGUCAGCCUGGAGUGCAUAGCUGAUGGGCAGCCUCUGCCUGAAGUCACCUGGCACAAAGAGAGGAGGCCUGUGCUUGAUGGCGCUCAUGUGCGCGUCUUCUCCAAUGGAACUCUGGCAAUUAUUUCUACCCAGCGCAGCGACGCGGGUCUUUACACGUGUACUGCUAAAAACCCCGCCGGCAGAGCCAGCCAUGAUAUGAGGCUGCUCAUUCAAGUCCCACCCGUGAUUGCUCCUACACAGACGCAACUGUCAGUUAUCCAAGGGUUUCAGGCUCUGCUGCCCUGCGCUGCUCAGGGUUCACCAGAGCCUAAAGUGUCAUGGGAGAAGGAUGGCAGCGUGGUGCCCAACCUCCCUGGCAAAUUCACCGUCCUCCGAUCAGGAGAGCUGAUCAUUGAGAGGGCUGAGUCAGGAGACGCUGGUGUGUUUACAUGCGUAGCCACCAAUGCAGCAGGCUCUGCAAGGCAAGACAUCCGACUGACCAUCAAUAUGAGGCCUGCAUUCAAGGAGCUGCCAGGCGAUGCAAUGCUAAACAAAGGGCAGACUCUUGCCUUAUCGUGCCAUGCUCAGGGAACGCCUUCUCCUACUAUCUCCUGGACUGUCAACAACAGUCCCUAUGCAGGUGCCACUGUAGAUGAGGCAGGCAGAAGCUCCAUCAUCAUUGAGAAUGUGACUCGGAGUGAUGCUGGGACCUACGUGUGCAUAGCAGCAAACAGCGUGGGUUCCAUUAGAGCGCUCUCGUUCGUCCGUAUCAGAGAGCCUCCGGUGUUGAAGGGUGAAGCCCACAUGUCUCAGACAGUCAUUCAGGGUGGCUCUGCUGUGCUUGACUGUCCCGUCCACGGAGACCCCAGCCCUGUCCUCCGCUGGCUCAGAAAUGGAAAACCGCUACCUCGCUUCCUCCGAAUGCAAACCCUCCACAACGGAUCUCUGGUCAUUUACAGCACCACUGCUGCAGAUGAAGGGGAGUAUCAGUGUGUGGCUGAAAGUGAGGCUGGAACAGCUGAGAGGACCAUUACGCUCAAGGUUCAGAUCAAUGGAGGCUACUCGAGCUGGCAAGAGUGGGGACCAUGCAGUAGCACCUGUGGCCAAGGCUUCCAAGAGCGAAUCAGACUAUGCAACAACCCAGAACCAGCUAAUGGAGGCCGAUCAUGCAGCGGCCCCAGUAUCGACUCUAGAAAAUGUCAGGUCGGCUUGUGUCCAGGUGAGGUUCCACGCAGGACUAGAGGCAGCCUGAUAGGAAUGGUCAAUGACAGAGAGUUUGGUGUGUCCUACCUGGAGGCCAACAUUACAGACAACGAUGACGAGGGGAGCAGCACUGUGCAGGCACACCUUGACAAUAUUCCUCCCACUGUGGGUCCCUUGCUGCGGGUGCUGGUGUCUGUGUUUGCACCCAUCUACUGGACCACCGUGCUGCAGAAUGGAGCAGCCAGAAAUGGCUACGCUUUCACUCAGGGCCAGUUCAGACAGGAGUCUCAGCUGGAGUUCGAGACUGGGGAAAUCCUACGUUUGACUCAUGUUGCCAGAGGUCUGGAUUCGGAGGGUGUUUUGCUAAUUGACAUAGUAAUUAACGGAUUUGUUCCUCCUUCAUUAUCAUCAUCUCACAUGAGCCUUCAGGAGUUCGAUGAGUCAUAUGUGCAGACGGGCCAAGGGCAGCUGUACUCGUGGUCAUCGCAAACCCACCAGAGAGGAGGAAGCCCCAUGGUGCUGCGUUGUAAUCACACAAUUAUUUACGAGGGCCAGGAAGAGCGCCAGGGUCCUGUGCUCCAACUGCUCAAGGUUUCUGGGAUGAAUAGUGCCUACAACAUGUUUACGCUCACUUUGGACUUCCAUGUUACUGCCAGCCUACAUGUACCAGAUGGUUAUGAAGACGCAUGCCCUAAAGGUUUCACUCUUGACACCGCCUCCUACUGUACUGAUGAAGAUGAGUGUGCACUCCAGUCUCCCUGCUCUCAUUCGUGUAACAACAUUAUGGGAGGCUUUUCCUGUACCUGUCCGUCUGGCUUCACCAUUUCUGCAGACACCAAUGUAUGCCAAGAUAUCGAUGAGUGUUCCCAAGGCUCACACAUGUGCCACUACAACCAGCAGUGUGUCAACACAGUGGGAACGUAUCGCUGUCAGGCCAAGUGUGGACCAGGAUUUAAGGCCAGCAUCACAGGAACCAGCUGUGAAGAUGUAGAUGAGUGCCAAGAGUCCGCUGUCUCCCCGUGCCAGCACCAGUGCCUCAAUACUCUGGGUUCCUACCGCUGUGUUUGCCACCCUGGAUACCAGCUGUCAGGACGUCACUGCAUUGACAUCAAUGAAUGCACGAGGAACGUAUGCCCGGCUCACCAGCAGUGCCGUAACACAGAAGGAGGAUACCAGUGUUUCGACAGCUGCCCAGCUGGAAUGACCAAAGCAGAGAGUGGGGCCUGCGUGGAUAUUGACGAAUGCCAGGAUGGAAGUCACAUGUGUCGCUACACUCAGAUCUGUCGAAACACAGUCGGAGGUUAUGGAUGCGUGUGUCCCAGAGGCUAUCGAUCUCAGGGAGUUGGGCUUCCAUGUUUGGACAUCGACGAGUGUCUGCAAACGCCGAAUCCCUGCGCCUAUCAGUGCCGCAAUGUGCCGGGCAGCUUCAGGUGUCUGUGCCCCCCUGGGACAGUGCUACUCGGCGAUGGGCGCUCCUGCGCAGGGCUUGAGAGAGGGCACACCUUCACAAACGGAACCAGAGUCAGGGCGAGACUCGUCCCACAGCUGGUGUCAUCCCUCGGCAGGCCAAUCCUCUCCCGUUCCCAUGGAGUAUCUCGCAUCACCAGGCAGAGCUGUCCUGUCGGCUACACCAACAGAGACGGCAAGUGUGUUGAUGUGGACGAGUGUCUGCUCAAGAAACCGUGCCAACAUGAAUGCCGAAAUACGAUUGGUAGUUUUCAGUGCCUGUGUCCCCCUGGAUACCAGCUGCUACCCAACGGCCGAAGCUGUAAAGACAUUGAUGAGUGUGUAGAACAAGGCAUCCAGUGUGGACGCAACCAGAUGUGUUUUAACACCCGAGGAGGAUACCAGUGUCUGGAUACACCCUGCCCUGCAUCCUACCAGAGUGGAAGAAGACCCGGGACCUGUUACAGGCCUUGCUUACUGGAUUGCGCCACCGGAGGCUCUCCUCUGCUCCUGCAGUACAAGCUGCUCACUCUUCCCUCCGGCAUUCCAGCCAAUCACAACGUGGUACGACUGUCAGCUUUCUCAGAGUCUGGCAUCCUGCAGGAGCGCACAUCCUUUACGAUACUUGAGCAAGAACCGGAGGCAGGCGGGCUGGGCCAGGUGUUCGGUAUCAGAGACGAGGCCGGCAGAGGGAUCAUCUACACCCUGCAGGUUCUGGACAGACCUGGACUAGUGAGGCUCAAAGUGCAGGCCACCACUAUAUCGCUGCAAGGCCGCAUUACCUACCAGAGCAUCUUUAUCAUCUACAUUUCCAUCUCACCCUACCCCUACUGAUCGUCCACGCUGCUUUCCACAUGACUCUGCCCCCCCCAGGAUGUUAGCAAGUGGAUAAAUAUUGUGUAUCUUGACUUGCGACUGAAUCAUAGCAGGAAAAGUCCUGUUCCAAAUCUUGGCUUCUGUGGGAUCUUUUGAUCACAGAGCAGAACAUCCUGUUCGGAAGACAUCUGAAGUUCAUUUCAUUACCCUGCACCCUCUUUGGGGUUAAAAAAUGCAGAGAGCGCAUCUAUCUAAUUCACAUCUGAAAAUUCAGAAUGUAUCAGGAACUUUUUUUUUAAUGUUCUUCUAUCAAACAUUUUGUAUGUUAGUUUAAAGUGUUGCAUUUCUAUUACUGGGAGAAAUUCCUUUUCAUAUAAAAACAUGUUUGCAGCAUGGAAAUACAAGCCUGCUGCUAAGCUACUAUCAUAGCUACGAAACUGUACAAUGUUACCCCUAUUAUUUUAAUUUAUUUAAGGAAUUUGAACACAUCACUGGUUAAUAAAACUUCCUGUCACAGAGAGUUUGACUUAUUAAGGAUCUACUGGCAUUGUAAUGGCACAUUGUAACUAGCUAACAACAGUCUUUCAUCUAUCUUAAUAUUUUUGUACUCUUUUCUUACGUUUUGUUGUCACGUAAAUUGUAAAGGUGCUAUUCUGAAUGUAUUUUGGCGAUACCAUUACAAGCGAUGUGAUUGGUGCUGAUUUUACAAAGGUAAUAUAGUUAUUAACAAAUAAUGAAGCACAGUUGGACUGCACUUACAUUUUCUCCAGCGUGGCGCUACAAACUAGCAUGCCUCUCCUGCUUCCACGCCACUGUACAGAGCACUGUAUUGAAAGUUAUCGAUGGUGUUCAGUAGUCAAAUAUGUGCCGCUGUUGUACAAAUCUGAAAAGGAACAUAACCUGAAAACCAUAAAGUGCAGUUUAGGUACAGUAUGUCCCUGUUGCUGUAAAUGAAUGUCAAAUAUUCACAGAAAUAAAAUGGACCACAAUUUUG